GGCGGCAAAUGACAAAUUAUUAUUAUCACAGGUGUUGUGCACUUGGCGGGAAAUCCGUUUGGGUAAAAAUUGGAUGCACGGCGGUGGAGGAGAAAAGGACUUGAGAGGAGGGGAGGGGCUGAAGUGUAAAGCGCGGGCGCUUUGCCUGGGGUGGUGGGGAAGGAGCUCAAGGAGCGCGAGGGAUGCGCGCGCGCGCCAAUACACAGAUGGAAGGCAGGCGGUGUCGUUGGCGGGCGGCAUUUUCUAUGGUGCCGGAAAGCUAAAUUCAGGCGAAAAAAAAACGUUUUUUACAGUUGGGUGUGCGCGCCCUUCGCCCCCUUCUUCUUCCCCGCUCUUUCCCUUCCCCACGUGGCGCCCUCUCACCUGUGUUUUCCUCUCUCUUUGCAGACAGACUCGUUCGAGAGGGGCGCAACUCCACCCCAUAAAUAGCGAUUCUAGGCAGAUCUUGACAAUCGCCCCUGAGCUUAUGUUAGGUCAUUACGAACUCAGCUCUCUCUGGAUGGAUUAGCAUGGUGUCUUCUCUCGCGGCCAAGCCGCGUACUGUUACGUCUCGUUGCCACGUUGGCUUGGCUAUGGCGGUUUUCUGACGACCUGACGGCCCACAUCAGACAGUCGGCUGAGGUUGACUCUCACUAUGUAAGCACGUUUCCGUGUCUGUACCGAAGCUCGUCGGCUCUGAUUAGCCAAUCUUACCUAGUAUAGUAGCAGUCUAAUUAGUAAUUAAUCAUCAAGACGAGUAUGUGCGCGGGCCCUGGAGGGCCUGCUUGCGCUUGGUUUGGACCCGUUUGACCGAAUGGAAUCCAGCGAUGGAGAGACUCGAUGGGUGCGGCGAUGGCGGCGGACCAUUGCUUCAUCGUCCCUAGACUUCUCCUCCGAAGAUUGCUCUUCGUUGGUUGCCUUUCUGAUCGACAGCUGGAUGAGGAGGGAGCAAUUAACAAGUUGAUGCUCGGCGCGCUGGUCUUCAUCUAUAGCGCAUUUAGUCCCCCCCCCCAAUAAUUAAUUCAACCGUCAACCAAAAGAUUUGAUAGUGAUAGUGCAGUGUGAUUCCACUGUUAGACGUCGAGCUCCGCGAUCUUGAGGAACUCUUUGCGGAGAGAAAGAUAUUCUUCUCCUCUGUCCUCCUCAAUCAAUCAAGCAAGCAAGCAAUCACGGAUUGAAUACCGUUCUUCUUCCCAGAUAGAUUGAAUACCUGCCUGCCUGCCUGCAUAAACGUGCGCCCUUCGCCCGGUCAGGGGCUCUCGUCGUAUUCUCUUCUUUCGUCGCUUACACCUUAUUCAAGCGGUCUUCUUUUCCUUCCAUUUGUGAAUAAGCUUCUCCCCUUGCCCUCAUAUCUGUCUCCCCCGCUCCUCUCUCUCUCUUUCUUUCUGUCUUUGAGCUGUCACCCUCGUUACUUUCUUUUAGUAUAUCUACAUAUAUACAUAGAUCAUAUAUGUCAUUGGUGAAUAUGUGUACAUGUAUAUAAAAUUCGGGCGAUUGAUUCAAGUGGUUUGUCUCGUCCUCUACUAUCUGUCCAUCCUUCGAUAUGCCUCCCCUGCCGUCCUGAGACUUGUAAAGGUGAUUGGCUAGGGAUAGCAUGCGCAUCUUUGAUUGGUGAUAUACAGUAUCAUCCCCGGCACUUCUCUCUCUCUCUCUCUCUCUUUCUCGUGGCGUCUCCGAUUGAUACUGCCUCUGCUUUCCACCGCACCUUGGCAGCAUUCCUCGUUUCUUGUCUGUCUCUGCGCGCGCUUAGUGAGAGAGGAAAAGGCAUGAUGGAGAGAGGGGUACGCGCGAACGGGUCGAGCAGAAGGCGGCGGCCUUCGCGGAGACGCCCGUAUGGCAGCGGGGCGCGCCGCCCUGGAGGGGAAGUGAGUAACCUGACGGCCUAUGGAGCGCAAUUACUGAAAUUCGCAAAUGACGGGAGUUUCAUGGAAGAGUUUCUGAAGCAACAGCAGAGGGAGCAAGAGCAGAAGCGGAAUCAAGAUGCAGCCAUGCGAAAGCAAGAGCAGCAGGAAGAGGAGUACGAGGAGGAGGAGGAGGAGGAAGAGGAGGAGAAGAUGAGAAUGUGCACUAAAGCGGGCGAACAGGGUGCAGCAGCACAGCAGCACCAGCGGCAGCAAAGAAGCGGCGCAGGGCGGGAGAUGAAGGGUGAGGAGGGAAGAGGGGUUGGAAUAGACAAUCGGCCCUCUUCGGGGCGGAGCGGAGACGUGCAAAAGGGUAGGCUAGGGGGAGGAGGGAGUGGAGCGUUGUCGUUUCGAGCGGGGGAGGUAGAGCAGACGUCACUGAGAAAAGGAGCGGGAGGAGGAGAAGGAGGCGGUGGCAGCGAUGAUCUGACACCCUCAGUGGACGUAGGGAACACGAGGCAGUCGACAGGAAAUGGAGGCGCAAGUGGGGGAGGAGGCAGUGGCAGCGCGACGGGUCUUCCUGGUGCUGCUUCUACUGCGAAGACGGUGGUAGUGCCAAAGGCUGGCACGGGCUUCAUCCUCGCGAAAAACAGGUAUGGGGAUAUGGACAGCACAGGUUUAACUCUCACAAGGACAUGUGGAUGUGCUGGAGUGAGAUGGAGGAAGAGAUGAUAAUUGAUGAUGAUGGCAUCUCACAGGCACGCUGGUCAUUGUAUGCAUGAAGUCGUGUGAUCAUGAUGAUGAUGAUGAUGAUGAUAACGCUGAUGCAGAAUAAUGAUGAUGAUGAUGAUGAUGAUGAUGAUGAUGGUAAUUAUGUAGUUGAUGAGAGUGCAUGGGUCUUACAUAUUGCCGCCAUUUUUUGGUGUACAUUGUAAUAGUUGGCUGAUGGGGUGAGUGUGAUUGUGGAUGAUCGCUUGAUCAGAUAAACGAGUAUUAGUUGG